UUCAUUAUACAACCUCAGUGUUGUCAAGAAGACUGAAGCAGGUCGAAAAUGUCCUCCAAUAUUUGCGAUAUAGAAAAACUAGUACAGCUUUUUAGCACCGCGGAUAAAGAUGAUGUUAAUGAAGACUGCGAAUCUUCCCAUGCACAAACCAAAAUCGGCAAUGAAUGCGAGAGAAACGAAAAUAAAGAAGCACCAUCAAAGACACAAAAAGUUAAUCCAUAUAGACCAAUAGAUCUUUCGAAACGCCCAGAGAUACUUAAUGGUGCAGCAAGCGCUGAUGCUGAUUUUGAUCUCUACUUGGAUGAAACCUCCGAAAUUUCUAGCAAAAAUGGCUGGAAGCAAGUUCCUAAAUGGGUUAUUUCGUACCGGCAAAGUGUCAGCGCAUGCGAUGCGUUUUUAGGGAUGAGUUUGAAAAAUCCGUCUACAAGCAGCUGUGAAAAUAUGGUGAUCAGUAUAGAACUGCCCGGGGAAGAUCGUCAAAAUCUUGACUUGAAAGUUGAAAAAGAGCAAAUAAUCCUGGAUUCACCCAAGUUCUUUUUGGAUAUGAAGCUUCCGCACCCAGUGGACCCGAAGAAAGGAAAUGCGCAAUGGAGCAAGGAUGAAGAAAAACUUAUUGUAACUUUAGUUAUGCGCAGAGAACUGGAUGUAGUGAACUUUUAAUGAAUUCUGCAGUAAUAUAGAUCAUUAAAGUAG